AUGCCCCAGAAGUAUAUGCCCCAGAAGUAUCUGCCCCAGAAGUAUAUGCCCCAGAAGUAUAUGCCCCAGAAUUAUCUGCCCCAGACGUAUCUGCCCCAGAAGUAUAUGCCCCAGAAGUAUAUGCCCCAGAAGUAUCUGCCCCAGAAGUAUAUGCCCCAGAAGUAUCUGCCCCAGAAUUAUCUGCCCCAGAAGUAUCUGCCCCAGAAGUAUAUGCCCCAGAAGUAUCUGCCCCAGAAGUAUCUGCCCCAGAAGUAUAUGCCCCAGAAGUAUCUGCCCCAGAAGUAUCUGCCCCAGAAGUAUAUGCCCCAGAAGUAUAUGCCCCAGAAGUAUCUGCCCCAGAAGUAUCUGCCCCAGAAGUAUUUGCCCCAGAAGUAUAUGCCCCAGAAGUAUCUGCCCCAGAAGUAUCUGCCCCAGAAGUAUCUUCCCCAGAAGUAUAUGCCCCAGAAGUACCUGCCCCAGAAGUAUAUGCCCCAGAAGUAUCUGCCCCAGAAGUAUAUGCCCCAGAAGUAUCUGCCCCAGAAGUAUAUGCCCCAGAAGUAUCUGCCCCAGAAGUAUAUGCCCCAGAAGUAUAUGCCCCAGAAGUAUCUACCCCAGAAGUAUAUGCCCCAGAAGUAUCUGCCCCAGAAGUAUCUGCCCCAGAAGUAUAUGCCCCAGAAGUAUAUGCCCCAGAAGUAUCUGCCCCAGAAGCAUAUGCCCCAGAAGUAUCUGCCCCAGAAGUAUAUGCCCCAGAAGUAUCUGCCCCAGAAGUAUAUGCCCCAGAAGUAUCUGCCCCAGAAGUAUAUGCCCCAGAAGUAUAUGCCCCAGAAGUAUAUGUCCCAGAAGUAUAUGCCCCAGAAGUAUAUGCCCCAGAAGUAUCUGCCCCAGAAGUAUAUGCCCCAGAAGUAUCUGCCCCAGAAGUAUAUGCCCCAGAAGUAUCUGCCCCAGAAGUAUAUGCCUCAGAAGUAUCUGCCCCAGAAGUAUCUGCCCCAGAAGUAUAUGCCCCAGAAGUAUCUGCCCCAGAAGUAUAUGCCCCAGAAGUAUCUGCCCCAGAAGUAUAUGCCCCAGAAGUAUCUACCCCAGAAAAUAUAUGCCCCAGAAGUAUCUGCCCCAGAAGUAUAUGCCCCAGAAGUGUCUGCCCCAGAAGUAUAUGCCCCAGACGUAUCUGCCCCAGAAGUAUAUGCCCCAGAAGUAUAUGCCCCAGAAGUAUCUGCCCCAGAAGUAUCUGCCCCAGAAGUAUAUGCCCCAGAAGUAUCUGCCCCAGAAGUAUAUGCCCCAGAAGUAUCUGCCCCAGAAGUAUAUGCCCCAGAAGUAUAUGCCCCAGAAGUAUAUGCCCCAGAAGUGUCUGCCCCAGAAGUAUAUGCCCCAGAAGUAUAUGCCCCAGAAGUAUAUGCCCCAGAAGUAUAUGCCCCAGAAGUAUAUGCCCCAGAAGUGUCUGCCCCAGAAGUAUAUGCCCCAGAAGUAUAUGCCCCAGAAGUGUCUGCCCCAGAAGUAUAUGCCCCAGAAGUAUAUGCCCCAGAAGUAUAUGCCCCAGAAGUGUCUGCCCCAGAAGUAUAUGCCCCAGAAGUAUAUGCCCCAGAAGUAUAUGCCCCAGAAGUAUAUGCCCCAGAAGUGUCUGCCCCAGAAGUAUAUGCCCCAGAAGUAUAUGCCCCAGAAGUAUAUGCCCCAGAAGUGUCUGCCCCAGAAGUAUAUGCCCCAGAAGUAUAUGCCCCAGAAGUAUAUGCCCCAGAAGUGUCUGCCCCAGAGUAUAUGCCCCAGAAGUAUAUGCCCCAGAAGUAUAUGCCCCAGAAGUGUCUGCCCCAGAAGUAUAUGCCCCAGAAGUAUAUGCCCCAGAAGUGUCUGCCCCAGAAGUAUAUGCCCCAGAAGUAUAUGCCCCAGAAGUAUAUGCCCCAGAAGUAUAUGCCCCAGAAGUGGUGGUAUGCAAGAAAAACUGUCGGUAAUCUGUCGAUUAAAUGA